GACCUUGGCGGCGGCGAAAACCGUACCUAUGCGGUGGCGGGAAGGUCAAUGCACCCAAUUCGCGAAUCUUCUAAACCGCCUGCUCUCGGGUGGAGCUGUUGUCCACACUCCCUGCAAUCAUUUGCUAGUUUACGCUGUCUUUUUUUCGCAGCGCAGUUUCGAGUUGAAGUCAGACUUCCUUUGCUUUUUUUUCCUCACAUUUUUCCUGGACGCUCUCCGAAGUUCUUGUAGGAGCGUUAUAUACAGCUAGGAACCACCCCAGGCGCUUUAGUAUUAGCAUAUGAACACACUCCUAGUGAAUUGCUAGUCAAUUUUCAUAGGAAAUCUCAACCAACCCGAAUCCCCUCGGCGGUUUAUCCUUCGAGUUACUAUAUGGAGGAGACAGUCGAUCGAUCCCCACACUCUCAAGACGAAAACGCGACUACCGAUACUUCAACAACUAUGGGAAACAUUGUAAUGCAGAGGAGCGCGGAGAGCACGCACGAGGGCUAUAUAGUUCUUUUCGGCAAUGUACAUCCUCUUUAGCAUUGCGAUAUGUAUUUUAAUGAGCUGACAGCCAGAUCAACAGCUGCCAUGGAAAGCUAGGUGGCAAGAUCUUAAGGACCUCGUUCGGAAACACACCUCGGGCAUUGAGAGGGCCGAAAUUUAUCUCACUCCUGAUGGACGAUCUAGGGGGUUUGGGUAUGCGAGGGUUAGAGGGAAGGAAGAAGCAAUGAAAGUAGUAGGUUAGUGAUCCCCUCUGUUGCACCACGAGGCGAGCCUGAAGCUACUGAUCGCUAACGCGGAGGUACCGAAAAUACAGCCAACUUAGACGGAUAUGAGUGGGAAGCUAGGGCACUCAUGGUGAAAUUGGGUAAUGAGCACGACAUAUGUCCAACGGGUGCGGGUUUAAACAGUCCGGGUGCUCUACCAGUCGCAAGUCCUCCAGUGGUGCCAGCAAUACCAUGGCCAGUCGCAAACAGGCCGAUACCAGGACCAGCAUUCGUGAUGGAACCAGAACUCCCGCCGGAAUACCUAGAUCAGACGUUGGCGGAAUCCAUGCUUCCUCCAGGUAUAUCUCCUGCCGAGGCCGCCUUCUACUACCAGGGUAUCGCGGCGCGGGCAUAUCUUCACUAUGAAGCACGCUGUGUGAACCACGGGAUUCAAGCGGAACACCACCGGAUCCAGGUUGACAUUGCACGUACGUGGGGUGGAGAUCAUUGCCCGCUGGUGAUCGAACACCAGCGGGCAGAACAAGCACAUAAUGAGGGUAGGGUCGGGGCCCAGAACCAGGCUUUCGUUGCUUAUCUUUCGUCUAAGGGGCAUAGUGAUGCUUCCUAUAAACGAAAAAAAAGCAACGACAGACAAGCGCCAGCCUUCCCGCUAUUCCAGCCACCAGUGUAUGGACCUCCACCCGGAGUAUUGAUGCCGGCAUCUGGUUUCGGGUAUCACCCACCGAUUCCAGGGAACGAACAGUUCAUGGUAGCAGUAAACCCGUAUUAUUCUACUAUCGAGCCCGCUCCCAUUUUUCUCACUCCUGACCGAGGGCUUCCGGUAAAUCUUACCAACGGAGCGCUAAUCACGGAAUCCCGCGGGGUGUUUGUGGGUAACCUGGCCUAUGACACCCAAUGGCAGGAGUUGAAGGGGUUUUUAGACCCAGCGGGCCAUUUGGAGAGGUGUGAUGUGCCGCAGACCGAUGGGAGAGGCCGGGGGUAUGGAACGGCUUUAUUCUCGUCAGCGGAAGGAGCGCAGCGAGCGUGCUAUAUGUUCGAUCAACAAUUCUUUAAAGGUCGUAAGGUAAAGGUGCGACUUGACAAGUAUACGAUACGAAAGCAAAGCAAUCCCGCCUUCAUCCCACCGGUUUCACAAGCAGUCUCGGGGCCACUGGUGGCCAACUUGGCUCCUGCGCCGCACUGAUAGGCGACAUAUGCAAGUUGGUUGUUGAGUUUAGUUAUCGUGGGAAGACGUGCUGGGACAGCUGGCUCUGAUCCUUCGGCGAGGUGGAUAUGCGUGUCCUCGACUUUUUUUUUCUUUUUUCUCUCAAUUCUCUUUGACAAGGUUGAUUUCAUUGAGAGUUCUUGAUCGCCGUUCUAGCAGAUGAAUUUUCUUGGUCCGUUAUUAGCGUCAUUAUUAUUUAUUACUAUUAUUCUUGACUUUUUCUCUUCCUUGAUAGGCCUCGCUAGCUCAAUCGGUAGAGCGUGAGACUCAAUCUCAAGAUUGCGGGUUCGACCCCCGCGUGGGGCUGCAUCUUGUCUCCUUUUGCAUCUACCUCUAUUAUCAGCCCAAGACAUUCCCGAUUUAACCCUACGUGGUUCUGAAUGGAGUGGGGCCGUUUCGAUGUCAUGGAAGCGUAGGCAAAGUUGUGGCAUUCA